CACAUUAUGCAUCAGUUUUGAGAUUUAAGCUUCAUGAUCUUCCUUGCUGCAUUCAACUCUUCGAAAAACAAGGCUACUGAAUUAGAACCUGACGUUGUGUCUGGCCUACGUUGAGAAUUUUUGAAAUUUUUCCCAGAGAUCGCUCGCUCAGUUCACAGGUGCGCUCCAACACAAGUGCGAAAAAGCUUCUUCUCUUGACCAGAAACAUCCUAAGACUUUCCAUGGUGCAGAGUACUCGACUCCUGGUGAGAGUCUAUAAAAACUUUGCACGUAAGUUUGGACACUCUGUUAUUUCAGCAAAAGACCCUGUAUCGUUUUAUCCCACAGCGUCAUUCUUGGAUAAUGCAGCGCAUGAACAAAGAAUGAAAGAGAAUGAGGCUGCUGUGCCUACAAGACCAUCUCUGCAAUCAGUGAAACAUAUCUACAGAGACAUGGUUCUGCCACAAGAUGUAUGUGACUUGUUGUGGGAACCGAAAACCGAAGAUUAUGUGAUCACUUCCUUAGCGGAAGAUUGCGCUUUGAAUGGGGAUUCACUGCACAAAAUUGUUUCCAGAUCCCCAGUUUCUGAAACUAAAUUGAUGUUUGCGAAUAUUGCUAUUUCCUGGUUAGAUAAGUUCAAGGCGCAGACACUUCAACUAAGUGAGUUGACAGGGCUUGAGGAACAGUUGCUGUACAACAAGCCGCUGCAGAUAAUUUCCAGUGACUAUACCGAAGACUGUCUUUCCUCUGCCGAAAACCUCAAGGAAUUUUGUGAUCUGCUGCUUAAAAAGGGCUAUUCUUUAGAGUCUAUCACACAAUUUAUUUUAUCCAGUCAUACAACCUUGGCCCAAUACAAGUAUAUUCUUGGGUAUUUAUGUGAGAAUAUGUAUGUAUUGAAUCCGGUGUCCAUAUCCGAAUUCACGGGAUACAUCAUCACUGAUGCCUACAAGAGACAUACAUCAAACGAAAAAGAACUACUGGGAUACUCUGAGGCUUUUGACUGCUUUCUUCGAGAGCGCCUACUCCAAGUAUACCCCAGUAGUUUGCGCGCAGUGGGUGCGAUCACGCUAGACAAAUUAGCUUACUUGUCUUCGGUCUCCGAAAACUUUCAAACCGCUAUUAUGACUUUAACUGAUUUGAUUCAGCAGCACAAAACAGCGCCUUCAAAAAGCACUUGGGGCACCUUUUUCGCUGCAUACAGCAAAUAUGCUGUUGAACAAGACUUGCUGAAGUCACAAAUUCUUGCCCAGAUUUCGGCGUUGAAGCCAGUCAUCUUCCACCACAGACUCACAGCGCAUAAUUUUCGCUUUUUGCUCUCUAAAGUUGUUGAUAACUCCCAUGAUUUAUCACAUCUUGUACAGUUGGUACAAACAUCCUCGCCAGAUAUUCUAGUGGAGUGCGGGGGUCAAGUCAUUAAAAAACUACAGCAAAUAUCUAACGCGAGCAAUGCAUCUUCAAUUGUGAAGGCAGUACAGGCUACACAACUUUCCAAAGCCCUUGAAGCAGCUGGUUUUCAACCAAAUUGAAUUGAGCCUACAGGUUGUGACCAGAUUUCAUCAUCGUGAUAAGAAAUGCGCGUGAACAUAAUUUUAGUAUAGUACUAAUUACGGCUUAACCCAAGCAUC